AUGGAUCGGCUUCAGACCAUUCUGGAUGACACGCUCAUUCUUAUGGAUGCAAGUGAUCCUGAAACAGACGAUUUUUUCUCUGAAUCUCUACCAACUUCGGCGAAGGCCGCGCGCGAUUUUCGCGAACGUGCGGCAUCACUCCUUCAAACAUCCAUGCAGCGUCUUGCUUAUUGGUGUUCCGCAGAGCUGCGUCGCCUGCCACUCGAGGGUGCGGAUGUCAAUAUGUUCUUGCGUGAAGCUCUGCGCCGAUUAGCUGCUCGUGAGGACUUGUUCCACUCGACUAUGGCUGCAUUUGCCGAGACUCGCGCGGCAAGGUGGCCGGAAGCGUUUAACAUGGCGCUGGUCGUAGGAGGCCCGCCGCCCACGUACUUGCCCCGGCCUAUUGAACUUUACGCUCAUGAUGCGCUUCGAUAUGUGUCUGACAUGCUUGCAUGGAUCCAUCAAGCUAUCGCAAGUGAGCGGGAACUUGUAACGUCAUUAUUUUCAUUAUUGUCUAUACCUGGACGCUCGGCGCCUCGUGUAUUAGAUAAACCGUCAGAGCCGGAGAAUGACUUGGCGCUCGUUAUUUCUGCGCACGGAAUUGAACCAAAGGUUCUAGAAAUGCUUAUACAUCGUGUGCUAGAUCGCAGUAUGGCCGGCUGUUGUCGUCCACUUCGGAAGCGAGUCCAACAAACUAUCAGCGCGCAGCGCGAUGCUACCUUAAUUCUUCGCUUGUACUUUGUCUUGAGCUUUUACAGAAUUACUAUUCAACACACGCUCCGCGAGUCUUCUCCAUUAUGUGUGACUGUUAACGAGUACGUUCGAACACAUGCGAAACUAACCCAAGGCUUUAUCAUCUUGCCGACAUUGCUUUUGUCCAUGCGCUGCAACAGCUAA